AUGUUCUUCAAAGCUCACGACUUCACCAUCAAGGAUAGUACUUUCAACGACAUCGCCGGUGAUCAGCAUAUCACUACUGUUACCAACACAUACCACCAUUCUCAAAUCGUCGCAAUACCUUCCUCGCAGACGGCGACGCCUGCGCUUACUUCGAUUACGCCCAUACAAGAUGCAAUCCCCCUUCCAACUUCCGAACCUUUCAGUAGUUUUAUCUCGCUUGUUAUUGAGAUACAACGCGCACUCUCUCCUAUUGGUUUGCUUGUCGACGAAAUGGGACUGUUCAGACCACUGGAAGACGACCUCCUGGUACUGAUCAAAUCCGCAGCAUUCCUGGGGAGGACCUUGGAGAUCCUCAAGAGCACCGGUAUUGCGUCUCUCUUUGGCGCCAAGACCAUGGCAAAUCGGCUCGCCAUGUAUACGAUACCAUUACAGAAGGCGGUAGGCGAGAUUCGUCGCUAUCAGGACGGGUUGAAAUUCACGUUAAUUGGACCUAUUUGGAGAAGGAUUCUGUGGUCAGCGGUGUGGACUAUGAGUUCAGAUGCUGAUAUCUCGAAGAUCGUAACGACAAUCCGAGCCGAUUUAGCGCACAUCCGGCACCCUACAACUACUUACUUGCGUAAGCUGAACUUAAACUUAUGGUGGUCCGUGGUUGAACGCCUUCCCGAUCACGUCGUUUCUGAGCUAGAUUCCCUCCGUACUACUGCUUCCAAGGAAUUGCCCGCCAUAAACGAAGCCGAAAUCCAGACAAUCUCGAUUGAUUUCGGGCCACAAUGUGACACGAUCGAGCUCUCCCUCAGCCCAUAUGCCACAUAUCAAAGUCUUGCCAUGGUCCUAAAAUAUAACUGUGAUCAUAUCGUAGGCGACAUAGCAGGCUUUCUUGAUCCUUCAAACGAUCAGGUUGUCGAAUUAUCACAAUUCGAGGAGCUGGUCACAUCGCGAUCAAGACAUUGGCACAAUGGUCCGGCCAUUGUACCAAUUUGGUCAGAUAAUUGCGGCGUCUACUUCGAAGACCAGACGGAUCUCUGCCCGUAUUGCGGUAGUCCUGGCGAAAAGAAUGGUCUAUGGAUACAGUGUACGUGGUGCAAACGCCAGCAUAGGGCCGUCAGCCAAGGAGCUUCUGAUGAUGGUACUUCUGGGUCUCGCGUGCUUCUGCCUGAACGUGCUCGCAAUUUAUACAAUCGCAAUCCUAUGGGGUAUUCCCAUAUCAACUACUCAGGAAUCAAGUGGUCACAAUUGAUGUCUUCGACGUCCAUUUCUGGACUUCAAGGGAGUGACGAACACCUCUUAUGCAUCCUGCAUUACUUAAGCCUGGGCGGUUCACCGUUGCAAGAGCUAUCUCUUAUUUCCGAUCGAAGUCGAAAUCCAAACAUUAUCCUGCCCCGCUCUGCAUCCCAGUCAUUCGAAUUGGCUAGCGAUCAACCUGUAUCUCUUCCUAAUCUACGCCGUCUAGAACUUCGACCCAUCGCCACCGGCUCUGCAAGAAUACUUAACCAGAUCUCCAUUCCCCAACUUCGGUAUCUCAAGUUGCAUUGGCCUGUGUACAGCGCGAACGUUCCAGAAAUCUUUUCGCAGAUUCCACUUUUGUCCACGCUCGAGAUUCAGACCAGAGUUCUGCUGGAUAACUCGAGGAUUACUCAACUUCUUGUCGACGCAAUCACUUGCCUCCCCAAUCUCGAGGAUAUCAACGUCCAUUUCAUGACAAGCGGGGGCGACUUCAAUGCAUACGAGCACAAGUUACAUGAACUAGCCGAACAGGUCAGAUCGCGCCGCGGAAAAUUGAGAGAGAUAAAUUUGUGGUAUAAUUGGGCGACCCCGACGGCUCAACUGCCAGAGGCCGGGCCCUGGACCUUCUGUACCACUGACUGUGGAUAUGUUGCGAGGCUUUGUGCCGAUGAUCUGUAG